AUGGAUGUGCUCAGGCUGCCAAUAGGAGUUGUCAAGACGGAUGAGCUUGACGACGAAACAGACGAGCUUGAUGUCGUGCUUCCCAAACUGCCACUUAUGCUGCUAGACGCGGAACCUGUGGAUGAUGAGCCAGAGCUGCUUGUUGAAAUUCCCGUCAGAGUUGAUGUGCUAAAAACGGAGCUCGAAGGCAGUCCACUAGUCGAAAUUGAGGUCGAGAGUUGGGAACUGCUCAUACCAACGCUGGACGAAAGGGACGUGGAUGACAUGGAGCUGCUGGUGCUAGUAGUCAUGGCUGCGUUGUAUGCCGAGACCAGUACAGCAGCGCUCGAUUGUCCUGAGAACACUCUUUGGAAGCCCGAUUUGAAGUAG